AUGCUGCCAGGUGACUAUGUGAUCCAUACACUAAUCGGCCAUGAGGGGAGCAUCAGCUGUGUUGCUUUUGGUAGCAGAGCGCUUGUGACCGGGUCUGAGGACCGCACAGCGCGUGUUUGGGAUUUGGCAACUGGCCUGGUUGUGGCAAGUUUGGAGGGGCACGAAGAAAUGGUGACAUCAGUGCGCAUGUUCGAAGACGCGGAGGUGGCCAAGGUCAUACCUGGUAUGGUUAUCUGGAGAGUGUGCUUGAUUGUGUAUGUGAUGUGUUUGUUGUGA